AUGGCCUCGAAAGACGACAACGACGAGAAGGACGACAGCUUUGCAGUCAGACUGGAGAAGCUGCGGCAGAUCGCGCUGGAGAAGCUCCGUGCUAAAGCCGCUCCUGUAGCGAAGGUUAGCUGGUCUCCGUCCAAGUCCUCUUCGGAGUCCGCUGACUCGGACGGCGGCUCAGACGUGGAAGGUGCUGGCCACACCAUCUGGGACGCGGAUCGCGCUCCAAACGCGCCAGACCCGAGCGCUGCGCACCGCGCUGUUCCGUCAUCAUCUGCUGUGCCAGGACAUGUAUGGGCUCAACCAGCCCCUGUGCAUAUGCCAGCGCACGUGCCAGCGCACGUGCCGGUGCAUUUGGUCUAUCCGCCUCCGGCCCACCAUCCGCACUUCUCACACGUCCAACAUGGACUGGCUCCAUAUCCGCCCCGAUGUAGCUGGAGGCCGAAGCCUCCACGAAGCAGCGCAGAUCAGGAAGCACCUCCACCCGCGCCGCCUGCAGAGACGGAGGAGGAGGCGGACUCGUUGCGCCGAAGGACUUGGAAGCGGUUGCCCGACCGCCCACUGGAAGAGGAGCCGGCAGAGCAGAGCUCUCGCCAACGGUUUCGAAAGACGGAAGCUGAAACCCUCCAGUCCGCGAAGGCAGAAGUGUCCGAGCUGAAACCCAGGACCGUGAAGAUCUCGAAGAUCCCCGGCAACGUCUCACUGAAGCAUUUGCAGGAGCUCUUUGCGGGCGUGGGGGAGGUGAAGAGUGGCUUCAUGGGCCAGCGCGGCGAAUCCGCGCUGUUGACCUUCCACAGCGCACAGCAUGCGGCGCAGGCCGCCGAGCUCUUCAGCCAGGGGACGCUGGAUGGCCAGACCAUCGAGGCCUCGGAGUUCCUUUGGCUCCUCCAGUCCGAGCUCCAGGGUCACUUCACCCAGCUCACGCUGCAGCUGCGCACCCUCGUCGCGCAGGAAGUCGAGCGCGGCCUCCGCGCCGCGGCGCGGCCGCGCGCCUCGCAGGGCUCGCAGGGCUCGCAGGGCUCGGACGGGCGGGGCCUCAGGUCCUCCAGGUCGUCGGACGCGCUGCCGGGCAUGCCGGACCUGGAGGAGAGCCCAUCCUCCCAGCUGUGCUGGGAGGAGACGCCGGAGGAGAAGCCCGACCCCCCUGAGCGCACUGAGCGGCGUUCCGUGGAAGGCCGGCGGGUGAUGUUCCAAUCGAAGACCGUGGAUCUUCGACACAGCCUGCUGCACCAGAUCGCUGAGUUGGAGACACAGUCCAGAGCCCCGCUGAAUCGGAAGUUGAGGAAGUCGGUGACGAGGAUUCUCACCACGGCCUUAGCUCCGCCGUUGCACCGGCAAAGCACUUGGGCCAGCGAAGAGAUGCCGCAGACGCGGCUCGCCGAGGUGCAACUGUAUUUCCAGCAGAGAGUGGUAGAGACAACGGCCUUUGAGAGCGUGGUGAUCUUCAUGAUUUGUUUGAACACAGUGAUGAUCGGCGUGAACUGCGAUUGGAACCUCACACACCUCAACUUAGCUGAGCCUGAAUACUUUCAGAUCGUCGAGCGCUUCUUUGCGGGCGUUUUUGCCUUGGAGCUUCUCCUUCGUAUUUUCGCCUAUGGUCGGAGGUUCUUUUUCGGACGCUCAGAUUGGCAAUGGAAUUGGUUUGAUUUGAUCAUCGUCAGUUUCCAGAUUGUGGAGGAGGUCUCGACGAUCGUGAAGUCAAAUGAUGGUGAGAUUCAUUUGAGCUCAUCCACCACUGCCAUCCGCAUCAUCCGAAUGUUCCGGCUCCUACGUAUCCUGCGCAUCGUUCGCCUCCUUCGCUUCAUCCAGGACCUGCGCUCCAUGCUCUUGUCGAUUUUGUCCACGUUGAGAGCUCUGGGAUGGACCAUGGUGCUGCUGGUGAUGAUUAUCUAUGCUGCUGCAGUCUUCUUUGCCCAGUUCAUCAUUGACGCAGGGGCGGCCAACGUAGACAUCAUGGUGGAUAAGCCGGAACUCCAGUACUACUACUCAGACUUGCUCCGAACCAUGCUCUCACUGUACCAGUCGAUGACCGGAGGUCUCAGUUGGGACGUAGCAUUGAGACCACUGGAAGAGGCCGCUGGUGGAUGGCUCGCAGUGCCCUAUGCAUUGUACGUGGCGUUCGUGGUGUUGGCGCUCACCAACAUUGCCACGGGCAUGUUUGUCCAAGCCUCCCUGGGAGCACACGAGAAGCAGCGGGAGAAGGAGAUUCGCAAGCAGCUGCGGCACUUGUUUCGCACAGCGGAUCUCAAUCACGACGGCACUUUGACCUGGGACGAGUUUGAGCGAUUCUUGGACAAUGAGGAGCAGUCCCGCUAUUUCUUGAAUGUUCUUUGCAUGGACGCGCGCGAAGCCAAAGGCUUGUUCUUGUUGCUGGACACCCGCGAAGUGGGCCAAGUCAGCUUUGAAGAACUCUUGGAUGGCGUCCUGCGACUCAAGGGCACCGCACAGGCCAUCGACCUCGCGACGCUGAUGUAUUGCAACAAGCGUAUGAUCACCUGGCUGCGUGAGCGCCUCAACGGGCUCCAAGACUCCUUGGACGCCCUUGCGAGCGAUGACGAGCGGGACCACGCGCCGGCUGGUCGGAGCCUACACCCACGUCCUCGAGUGCGGAAGGUGAGCGUCUAUGCCAGUUGGAAUGAGGUGAAGACCCGAGAUGGCCUUCAGCGACAGACCGUGGUCUUGGUCGGAGUAACCGGUGAUGGCAAGAGCUCCACGGGCAAUACCUUGUGCGGGUCCUCUGCUUUUCCAGUGUCUGCAGGCUUCAAGUCUGAGACACAGGAGUUGGCUCAUGCGGAUUACCUCCGCGGCGCCACGUUUUGGCGCGUCAUCGACACCAUCGGCCUCCACGACACGCACCUCUCGCAGAAGGAGGUCCUCGAGCGCUUUUCCACCUUUUCCGAAGCAGCCGCCGAAGGCAUCGACGUCUUCCUCUUCGUGCUCCGUUGGGGUCGCUUCAAGCCGGAGCACGACGAAGCCCUGGCGGCCUUCGCGGUGAACUGCGGCGAGACGGCCUUGCGCCACACCAUGCUGGUUUUCACCCACUGUGACUUGGAUGACGAGGCACUUUCCAGACAACUGCUGGAUCCUUCGGCACCACCGGCGCUGACGCACUGGCUGCAAAGAAUAGGCGGAGGAGCUGUUGGGAUCGACAACCUGGAUGGAUCGACCGCACGCCCACGAGUCCAACGUGCGCUUGAAGGAAUGGUGGCAGGGCUCGCUGGCUUGCGCUAUAGCAAUGAAGCGCUCGAAGAGGCGCGCGCCAAGCUGAAGGCCGCCGAGGAGGCGGAGAGCCGCGCCUUUGCCGCGGCGGUGGCCGAGUGGCGGCGCUCCAGUGGGCCGGUGGUGAUCGAGCGCGAAGCUGGUGUCAUCACGCGGCCUCCAGUGAAAGGCGAAGCGGACCCCACAGCGGUUUCCGGCGCAGAUGCCACCGGCCAAUGA